CCCCGCCGUAGCCGCACGGCCGCCCCGCGUCCGCAGCCCUCCAGCGGUGAGCCGGACCUCGCUCGUGUCUGGCCUUAGGAGUCGGGUCUUCGCGGCAGAUUGCUUUUAAGGGUGAAGUUUGAGGGUGAAUUCACUCCUCCUGCAAAACUUGGCUCACGAGCCUUUCAGCGGGCUCACCCUCGUUCUUAAAAAGAACUGGGAGCCGGACGACUGAGGAAGGGCAGCUCUGAGUAAACCGAGGCCUGGGACCGGCUCGAAGGGGCACGCCUGUAGGUGAGCAGCAGCGCCGAAGGCAGCCGUGGCGCGACAGCAGGCAGCUUCUGGAGACACGGGUGGGCGGGCCCCGGGAGCAAAAGGACCCAGACAGGGCAGGUGUGUGCGCAGCCCACCUGGACGUCUCCUAGACCUGGGUGGUUCCGGUCCCGGCGACGGGUGAGCUCCAGGAAGGCUCAGGGGGCCCCCGAGCCCCCGUCCGAGCUUCGGCUCAGAAAGCCGAUCCCUGGCCAGGACCCCCACGCAGCCUCACGUGGCCUGUGACCUGGGUUUGAAAUGUGAAGUGGGUGGACAGGGCACCAGUGACAUUUUCUGACAACACAAAGGACGGAAAUUGACGUUUCAGCGCAGGCAGAAAAGCUGCUCCGGCUCCCGGCCGGACGCGUCAGGUCGCGCAGCCCUGGCGCCAGGGCAGAGCCGCAUGGCCCCCGGCAGCCACUGGCCCGCAGGGCUUCGGCUCGCGUGGGGCAGGUGGCAGUCUGAGCUCUCACUGGGGCGCAGGAGGUGCUGGGUCUUCCUGCAAGCUCGCCUCAGACGCGGCAGCCCCGUGAGCUGUGUCAGCGGUGACGGAGACGCUGAACUGUACCGAACAGCUUGCAGCGCCAUGCCCGGAGGCCCCGUGGGCACACCGCGCCGUAGCGCGCGUCCCUGGCCGCCCGGCAGCUUCCCCUGGGACCUGUUCGCCACGCAGAGCAACCGGAGACGCGGGUGGCGCCUCACGAGCAGCUCUGCCCUCGGGAUCAGACCUCCAAGUGAGGAGCCGGGAAGAGGAGGUGGUGGCACGAACCGAACCCCUAAAAGCCAUGCCCCCGGACACAGUGACGUUCAAGGAUGUGGCCGUAGACUUCUCCCAGGAGGAGUGGGGAUGGCUGAGUCUUGCUCAGAGAACUUUGUAUAGGAAGGUGAUGCUGGAGAACUACAGGAACCUGGCCUCAGUGGGUCUUUGCGUUUCUCGGCCAGAGGUGAUCUCCUUACUGGAGCAAGGGAGAGAGCCCUGGGUGGUGGAAGGGAAGGUGUGCCCAGACUUGCAGGCUGUGCAGCUGUCCAAAGAAUUUAUUCCAAAACAGGACUUCUGUGAAGAGAAAUUAUCCCAGGCCAUGAUCGUGAAAAGACUUGGAAGCUAUGACCGCGAGUGUUCUGCACUAGCGGAACACUGCAUUUUUGAGGCCCUGUCUGAGAGGGAGCUGGUUAGCCAGCAGGCACGUCUGAGGCGAGAAACAGCCGCUCCUGUCGCUACCCGGACUGCGAAGCUGGACAGCUCCAGCAAGCCUGGAGGAGGUUUUCACCUGAAUACGUCAUCGUAUAUACAACAGGCAUUGCCCAUGGGAGUGAGUGUAUAUAACGUUGACACAGACAUGAAAAGCUUAAAAACGCAUUCCUUUGUCAAGAAGCCCAAGCAUGUGUACGGAGAAAAGAAACUUUUGAAAUGUAAUGACUGUGAUAAAACAUUCAGCAAGAUUUCAACCCUUACUCUUCAUCAAAGAGUUCACACUGGAGAGAAACCAUACGAAUGUGUUGAGUGUGGGAAGGCCUUUAGCCAGAGGGCCCACCUUGCCCAACACCAGAGAAUUCACACAGGAGAAAAGCCUUUUGGAUGUACUGAAUGUGGGAAAGCCUUCAACCAGAAUGCUCACCUUAUUCAACACCAGCGAGUUCACACUGGAGAAAAGCCCUACCAGUGUAAGCAGUGUAAGAAGGCCUUCAGCCAGCUCGCACACCUUGCUCAGCACCAGAGAGUGCACACUGGAGAGAAACCCUAUGAGUGUAUUGAAUGUGGGAAGGCCUUUAGUGAUUGUUCAUCCCUGGCUCACCACCGAAGAAUUCACAGCGGGAAAAGGCCCUAUGAAUGCAUUGACUGUGGGAAAGCUUUCAGGCAGAUUGCAUCUCUGAUACGUCACCGGAGGUACUAUCACACUGGAGAGAAGCCCUUUGAUUGUAUUGAUUGUGGGAAGGCUUUCACUGACCACAUAGGGCUUAUUCAGCAUAAGCGAAUUCAUACCGGAGAGAGACCUUACAAGUGUGAAGUGUGUGGGAAGGCUUUUAGUCACGGCUCAUCCCUGACCGUCCAUCAGAGAAUCCAUACAGGGGAGAAGCCUUACGAAUGUACUGUCUGUAAGAAGGCCUUCAGCCACCGUGGCUCCCUUACUCUUCAUCAAAGAGUGCACACUGGAGAGAAACCCUACGAAUGUAAGGAGUGUGGAAAAGCGUUUCGACAGAGCCCGCACCUUGCCCAUCAUCAAAGAAUCCAUACUGGGGAGAAACCUUAUGAGUGUAAGGAGUGCAACAAAACCUUCAGCCAGAAUGCACACCUCGCCCAGCAUCAGAAAGUCCACACUGGAAAGAAACCUUACAAGUGUAAGGAAUGUGGGAAGGCCUUCAGUCAAAUUGCGCACCUUGUUCAACACCAGAGGGUCCAUACAGGUGAGAAGCCUUAUGAAUGUCUUGAGUGUGGGAAGGCCUUCAGUGACGGUUCAUACCUAGUUCACCACCAGAGACUCCAUACCGGGAAAAGGCCAUAUGAAUGUCUGGAAUGCGGAAAGGCAUUUAGACAGAGGGCCUCCCUCAUUUGUCACCAGAGGUGUCACACAGGUGAGAAACCCUACGAAUGUAAUGUUUGCGGGAAAGCCUUUAGCCAUCGUAAAUCCCUUACUCUACAUCAAAGAAUUCAUACUGGGGAAAAACCAUAUGAAUGCAAGGAGUGUAGCAAAGCCUUCAGCCAGAUUGCCCAUCUGACACUGCAUAAGAGAAUUCAUACUGGAGAGAGGCCCUACGAGUGCAGACAGUGUGGAAAAGCCUUCAGGCAGAGUGUACAUCUUGCUCAUCACCAGCGAAUCCAUUCUGGAGAGUCGCCCUUAAUGAGCCUUCCUCCACCGCCAGACCACUAAGUCCUGUAGACUCGGGACUCCUAACAGGCCUCUAGGUCCUUCUAGUCCAGUUCCCGUUAUAGUCCAGUUCAUCACUAUCUCAUUUAGAUGUUAUGGCAGUAUUGUAAUAAUUGUACCUCUUGCUCUUCUUAAGUGUAUUUUUAACACUAGCUAGCUUAAUCUUUUAAAAAUAAAACUAUAUUCACAUUACUUGCCCAUUUAAAACUCUUGGUUUGAAGAAUGCGUUAAAUGUCUCACUUAAAAGAGUUUAACACCAAUCCUUAGCAUAUAUUUUGUGCCAAUAAGUGAAAGGUACAUACAUCUGCAAAUAAAAUGAACCAGUAAGUCACAACUAAGAAUCCUACAGUGGUGUAGCUGACGGGCUUUCUUACUUUCCUACUACGUAGGAAAGGAACACACUGGGAAUUGACAGGUUGUGUCAUGUACGAAGGUAUCCUGGUGACUUAGUGCUCUGUAGGAUCCACAGACAUGUAGUUUAGUAGUGAAAGCAAUUGAUGAGGACAAAAGCAUUUGGUAGAAUGUGGGACUAAACAAGGGAUAAUAUUAAAAACAAACAGAUUAAGCUAGGUAACUAGUAGAUUUGUAAACAUGAAAAAUUUGCAGAACGUCAUUAAUACACACUUUCAUGUAUAAGAACGCACCAUAGACAAUGUCUGUGGUACUCACAUUGUUCUAGAGCAUGAAAUAGAGUAAAACGUAACCCUCUUGUUUCACAAAACUGCUAAGACAAUUCCAGACUGCAGGAAAAUUGCAGUUAGCUUAUGAAUGUACAUUAAUACUAAAAAAAUGGAAUCAAUGGAAAGUUAGCUGUGUCUUUGUAUAGAAAGAUUCAGUGUGGUAAAGAUCAGUCUCCCCCAAAAUGUAAGGCACAAAAUGGCAGUAUGCUUAGUGGGUAAGAUGUUCUGACCAUGCAGAGCUGUGGCGCGACACGGAACUGUAGUGCCGCCGGGGUGUUCAGUUAACAGUCACAGUGUUUGUAACGUGCUGGGCAGUUUUAGACGCGAGGGAUAAAACAGGAUGUCGAGUGAACAAAAGCUUUUGCUCCCGCAGAUACUGUGGGAGAACCUGCAAACUUGAGCGGGAUGCUGUGUAACCUGAAGAGCAAGCUUGGGAGCGGUCGGGAUGAGCUG